AAAUCUACUACAAUGGCAGCAUUCCAAAAGUUUUUUUCUCUUUUCUUUUUUCAAUUGGUUAUCACCAUUUCACUCUUAGAUUUAACUAGUUCACAAGGUUUGCAAUUAGGGUUUUACAAGAGGACUUGCCCAAAUGCAGAGUACAUUGUUCAUGACACUCUUUAUAAAUUCAUUUCUAGGGAUCCAACUCUUGCUGCUCCUUUGCUCAGAAUGCAUUUUCAUGAUUGCUUUAUUAGAGGAUGUGAUGGUUCUGUGCUAUUAAACUCUACAAAGAAUAACCAAGCUGAGAAAGCUGCAAUUCCAAAUCAAACAUUGAGAGGUUUUAAUGUGAUUGAUGCAAUAAAAUCUGAACUUGAAAGGAAAUGCCCUGGCAAAGUUUCUUGUGCUGAUACUUUAGCCUUGGCGGCUCGAGACGCGGUUCUAAUGAUUGGUGGGCCAUCUUGGAUUGUUCCUACCGGACGUAGAGAUGGGAGAGUGUCAAUUUCUUCCGAGGCCUUAAAUGGGUUGCCAUCUCCUUUCGCCAAUAUCUCAACACUCAAACAAAAUUUUGUCUCUAAGGGUUUAACUGUUAAGGACCUUGUGGUUUUGUCGGGAGGGCACACCAUUGGAAUCGGACAUUGCUUCAUAAUAUCCGACCGCCUAUACAAUUUCACCGGAAAAGGCGACACAGACCCGUCGCUGGAUCCUAAAUAUGCAUCUCAGUUGAAGAAGAAAUGUAAGCCUGGAAACACCAAAACAUUUGUCGAAAUGGAUCCCGGAAGCUUCAAAACAUUCGACGAAGAUUACUACUCUGUUGUCGCUAAAAGAAGAGGUCUAUUCCAAUCUGAUGCAGCUCUUCUCAAUGAUGUUGAAACAAAUACUUAUGUCAAACUUCAGGCUGUCACUAAUGGAAUUACUUUUGCUAAAGAUUUUGCUAAUUCUAUGGUGAAAAUGGGUCACAUUGGUGUUGUUACUGGGAAACAAGGUGAAAUUAGGAAAAAUUGUGCUAUUGUGAACUACUAAUUGAUGUUAAUUUUUUGAAAUUAUGAGUAUUUAUGAUUCAAUUGUGUUGUAUUUGAUUUUAUUCAUGUGGCAACAAAUGGUUGCAGUUAGUGAUUGAUUUGUAA